AUCAGGGUUGCGAGGCAGGACUUUGAACUGCUGCACUGGCACUGAUAAUUGCAACAGUUUCGUGGCAUUGUUGACUCUAACCCCGCAGAUGUGCGGCAUUGUUUCGCGUGUUGCCUUUAGCUGCCAACGUCGGUCCCGAGUUUCUUACAGCGUCACAUCUUUUUUUUCGGAAAGUUUCUCAUCGGAUUACUGUCUCCUGGUGAAAGUUGUUGCUCUUAAAGUCUUUCCACAAAGUUGAUCUUCCAGCAAGAACAGGCGAACAAGACCGUUUCAUUUCCUUUACUUCUUGGAGAGGAGGAAAGGCGAAAUGUCUCCAGGACUUUUAACAAAUGGCAUCGCACUUCCACUGGUGGCGGUGUUGGCGUUAGUUUCUAUGACGUCAGCCUGGCAAGAUUUUACCACUUGUGGCAAGAUCCCUAUGGACAAAUCGCGGAUUGUGGGCGGGAAGCCGACGGACGAAGGAGACUGGCCGUGGAUGGCCAAGUCGUGGAGGUAUGGCCCAGAAACUGACGAGGGUGUCAGCCGGUGUGGGGCCUCUCUAAUCCACCCUGAAUGGAUUCUAACCGCGGCCCAUUGUAUAAAAGUUCUCAACGAUCCCUCCAUCCACUUCCAAGUGUUCGGCUCAAACACGACGGUGGUGGCCGACUUCUCCAAAAAUGUCCAGAUUGUGGGCGUGUCCGAGGUCUACAUGCACCCCAACUACACCACGUGGGGGGCCACCACAACUGACUGGGACAUAGUCGUCAUGAAGCUCAAAAAGGCAGUGACAUUAGACGAUUACGUGAGCCCCGUGUGCCUGCCAACAGCUGACAUGGGCGAGAAUAUAUUUACGCCCGGGAUGAACGCCACUAUCACAGGAUGGGGAACCACAGAGCAAGGCGGCGCUCAAAACCCAGAUCUGUACGAGGUGACUGUACCCAUUGUAAGUCAAACGGACUGCCAAGACUAUUACGCCGAUGAGGAGAUCUCCGAACGCAUGAUCUGCGCAGGGCUGGACAAAGGAGGCAAAGAUUCAUGUCAGGGAGAUAGUGGCGGCCCGAUGGUGUCCAAGAUUGUAGAUACCAGUGACGCUACAUUGAAAGACCGAUGGUUCCAAAAUGGGAUUGUGAGCUGGGGCUAUGGCUGUGCGCAGCCGGAAUACCCGGGCGUCUACGCGCGUGUCUCGGCCUUCCAGGAUUGGCUGGCGCCCAUCUUCGAAAACAAUGCCGGACCCACGGAAAAAUAUGGCGACAACGGUUGUCGGCUGGAUGAGUUCAUGUGCAAAGGACUGCUGUGCAUAUCCCAUGCGGGUAGAUGUAACGGGGCCAAUAACUGUUUCGCCGACACCGACGAGCUUCAGUGCGGAACCUUCGGUAAGUUCUUCGAUCCCAUGCCCGGCAAGUGGCUGAAUGCCUCGGUCAGCAGCUUCCACGUGGACAGCGAUGAAGAUUGCGCCAAGCAAUGCAUUGAGUGGCCGGCCUUCAACUGCUUCGCCUUUGACACGGAGAAGGUGGGCGACAAGAUCAUCUGCAACCUCUCCGACGAAAACGUCGACACCUACGACAGAGAGGCGAGCGACGAUCGGAUGCAUUACCAACUCCAGACGCCCGCUGAGUAUGGGGUCAAAGAAAUGACCUUUGACCAGCAGCAUAACUUCCUUGUGACCCCUCGCUGGAUGCUGGUGCAGGGGACCAGCGACAGCAGCUGGUUCAUCUGGAACAUCUCGCCCGCCGCCCCCGAGAACUACAACUCCCUCAUGUUCAACUUCGUUGGUGUCCGUUCCCUGGCGGAUGAAUCCAUGGAGUGCAAGACGGCCGCCGACAUGAACAUGGUAGUAAUCCGGUCCGGAGUCGAGGUGUCCAGCCCCGUUGCGGCGGCGUUCUGCCUGCACGAGCUCCCAGAAACCUUCAGGGUCAUGUCGGCUAUGGCACGGGUGGAAUUCUACACCAAAGACCCCACCAUGUAUGGCUUUAUGGGGGAGUAUAACGCAGUAUGGUACUGCGCCGACACCAAGACCACAUCUCCCGGCACAGUCUCCUCGCCCAAGUACCCGUCCAAUUACCCGGCCAACGCCCAGUGCGGCACCUUGCUUCAGGCUCCGGAGGGCAUCAAGAUCCAUCUCAACAUCACUACCCUCCUCCUAGAGGCGCCCAACAAAGAAGGCGACUGUUUCGACAGCCUGACGGUCUACAACGGCCCGGACAGCAGCUCGCCGGAGCUGGUCAAGUUCUGCGAUAGUCAGGCCGAGGAUAAGGUCUUCGAGACGACAUCUGCUUCCAACUCCUUCUACCUGGAGUUCAAGUCCGACUACUCGUCUCAGAAGGCGGGUUUUAAAGCCAGCUACAAGUUUCUCACAGGACCCACCAAUGAGGAGUUGCUUGACGCCACUUUGACCAACUUCAAGUACGGACUGACAGCCAUGGGCAUCUUCUUCUUCUGUCUGACCAUGGUGUUCAUUGCCUCCAUUUUCACCAUCAACGCCAGGGAGAAUGGUGAAAGGGCACAGAUUGCAAAACUCAAACACAAGCACUCCAUUGUACACGCUGUCCCACCCCAAGUAAUUGACACCAACAUUGACUGGGACAAGCCGUCAACGAGUCAGGCAGGCAGCGGGUCCGCUAGCGGGUCGCACCCGGACGACUACGCCGAGGUGAACGAGGUCGAAGGCAAGACGAACCCAGCUUACCAAUCAGCGGAGUAACGAACCUUCAUCCACAUAAUCGAGGCAUUGGACGAUUGAUCACCGUGUUUAAAAAUCUGGAUAACCUUUUUGGACAUUGCGCGUUGUAUGCACAUUUGAAGCAACGCGCUGGUUCCGAAUCUCUCAUUUCGAACAUGGUACGGAAACCAGUGUAACCAUUCACCUUAUAAAAAAAAUAAAAGUAUAUAGGCCUAUUAAACGAUUGUUUUCUCGACAGAGUUUGACAAAGAAAUAUUUAAGUUUCAAAUUCAAUUUUGAUGUUUAUACAAAUGAAUACAUUUUUUUUUUUUAAAUAGGUAAAUUAUAUGCGGUUAAAAUGAGGAUAUAUUUUUUUGUUUACAAUUCCAUUGUUAUGGGAGUGUCAAUAUGGCGGACGGUGACUUCACCUCUGACAGCCAAUGGGCUAUUCAGAUGUUUAUUAUAGGAGACCGGUGCAUGGGAUGCCGUGUACACUGCCCUAACUGCUGUGGCCACCAUGUGGGGGUGCAGACUAGUCACCAGGGGCCUAUACGCGAGUUCGGUAUUCCAACUGUGCAGGUGCAAAUCAAAAUUUGCCCGAUUUUUACCGAGGAUUACCGUUCCGAUGCUGUAUACCAACUGAGCUAUCCAGCCCUAUGUUGGCGGUUCCCCAUUUUGUUGAUGGCUUCGUUCAAGGUACGCUGCUCAGAGGCCUCUUGACUAGCGCCCCUUGAGCAAAGACUGAGACAAAAUAGGGAACCGCCAAGAUAGGGCUGGAUAGCUCAGUUGUAGAGCACAGGAACGGCAAUCCGGAUGUCUCAGGUUCAAACUCCGCUCCAGUCAAUUUUAUUGUUCAACAUUAAAACAAUUAUUUCAUGCUGAGCAUGCACAGCUUCAUGAAAUUGGGUCCAGUACAAAAAAUGCCAGAGACUUAAACGAUAAAUAUCCUUACUUUAAGAAAUUGGGGGGGGGGGAAUAAUCACAAUUCUCAUUUUAAUUUCAACUUAAAGCUAUAAUCUAUCCUUAGUUACUUUCUGUUCAAUUAUUUCAGGGGGAGGGGGUUCAACCUUUUAGGUGAAUUUUUCCAAUGAAGAUGAUCUCCCCUAAAAGUUGUCUUAAAGCACGUUGCCAUUUUGAAGAAAUGAUCUCUCUUCUCUUUUGCAAAAAAAGAGUGAAAUUCCCUACCAAUUCCAUCCAGAUUUCUCAGAGAUGCGAAGUUAAAAGUGGUUGAGCUGGUACUCUUCAUUUUUACAAACUCUCAAGUGCAACUUUGCAAGGGAAAACCUUACAAACAAAACUUCUUUUUUUUUAAGCGUACAAAAGUGAUUUGUUCGGCGAAGGCAUUUUAAAAAAUCCCUUUACAGGCCUACACAAUAAUUUGUGGCAUUUAUCGAAUGAUUCAAUAUUGGUAAACCACAUGGUAUUCAUUAAUAGUGAACUGUGCAGUGAACAGGUACAUAGUCGGUUCGGUAAUUGAUUUGGGAAUAAUCACACACGAAAAGAACAUUAUAUGGACGUGGGUUCCAAAAUUAAGGAGUACUUAAGGGUCAGUUUUUAAUGUAUAAUGAUCGUACGGCAGCCCUGAUUGGUUUGUUUUGUUUUGAUGUAUAAUUAUUGUACGAUAACGCUGAUUGGUUUGUUUUCCUUUACUUACUUUCGGAUUACGGCACUAUAUAUUUUAACUCUAUAGGUUGUUUUUCUUUCUCUGUCACAAAUAGAUGUACCCAUAUUUUAAUCUUAAUAUCACUUGUUGUAUAUUCACGUUUUGUUUUAUUUCUUGGCACUUUGUUUCAAAUAUACUGGGUGUAUAAAUGCCAGGAUGCAAUUUAAGAGCCGAUGAUUAUGAUCCAUACGUUUCACAUUAUGGAUCGUAAUCAUCGGUAGAACAAUGUAGCUUAUGUAAAGGUUUGUCUGUUUUAUCGUUAAAUUUAGCUUUGUGUUGGUUUUGGAGGAUUAAAAGGGCAGCAAGAGGGAUUUCGUUAUUGCAAUUGUCACUCCAAUAUUCACUUAAAUUCAAGCGCUUCCGAUUUUUAUGAUUUGUUUUUUUAGGUGUGAAUUUAUUUAAACUUCGAAGUUAAAAAUGGCUUUAAAAAUGCAACUGAUUUUGUAAGUCUCAGGAAGUUGUGUAAACUCUAUUCGAUCAAAGACUACAGUUAAAUUUCAUUGUAUAAGUACAGCUUUUCAAUAUGUUCUUUUUUUGAGAGUGAAGCAGAGAAGCUUGAUAAUGCUCAGUAUUAUUUUUUGAUCAUGUGUAUAUAUUUAUCUUGAGUAAUAACAAAUCGUAUGGUCCGUUUUACCCUUUCUGUACUAUUUAAGCGAUAACAUAAUGGCAUCAAGAGUUUGGGCCUAGCAUAGGGUGCACGUACAUAAUGUUAUUCAGUACUUUUUGAUAUAAUAGAAAUCACGGUAAUAUAGCCUGAAUUCCUAGAUCUGGGGCGUAAAAACGAUUAGGCCUAGUUAGGAACCAUCGCAUUGGCAGUGUACUUAAUGACCAAAUUUCUCAGGGAAAUCAUGAAUAGACACAGAGAAAGAUUAUAUUCAAGGCAAAUUUGUGGAUUGCUGUAGUUCAAUUAUAGCGCCCUCUCUUUGAGGAUUGCCGUAGUUCAAUAAUAGCGCCCUCUAUUUGAAAUGUAAACUUCGCUAAUGACCCGAUAAGAGUGCGUGAAAUUGUAAAAAAUGGUUUGGGGUUUUCUUUGUCUUCAAUUUUAAUUCCGUGACAGGCUGAAAUGGAUCUCGAGUUUGGUUUAACUUCUUUUCCCUUUCAAUGAAAGGCAAUGGUGACACGUAGGCCCAAGUUGGCGACCUCCGUUUAUUUUUCACGCUUGAUUUCCUCCUCAAUAUUGUCUUCAUCCGUUUGGCAGAUUUACUUCCAUGUGUAUAUAUUAAACAUUAUCUGUCGUGAAAACA